AUGUGCGCCCAGAACCCCCCGACCGGAUUAGUGGAAGCCAGGAUAGAGACAUUCCAGACGUUAGACAGUGCCGUGUUCCCAGGGCGGCCCACUCUGAGCACCACUCAAUGGAGCGCAGACAAUGCGGGCCGCGGUACUUACCUCUGGAAUACAAGCGUGGGCCGACUCUCCAGCCUGGACCGGCCUGGACCGGCUCUCAUCCACAGGCAGCCGUCGCUCAGCAGCCAGAAUGACAGAAUCGCUGUGUUCAAACGGGAACUGGGCCCUUCUCCAGCUCCCAAUAGUGAGAAAACAAUGCUUGAAAGUGAACUGGAGCGAUGGAGACUGGAGCGAUGGAGACUGGAGCGAUGGAGACUGGAGCGAUGGAGACUGGACCGAUAG